AUGACUUGUCUCAACGUGAAGUAUAACAAUGACAAGUCCAGGGACUACACCAACCCGACUCUGCCGUCUGGAGACGGCGAUACCCACCAGCUGUUGACCAGUGGUGGUGUUCUAGCACCUCCAUUCCUUGGCCUCGGAUCAGGAUUGGCCUCACCGUACGGCGUUGGAGUUGGAGGAGUCGGCCUGCCAGCUUUCGGAGCCCUAACUCUGACUCCAGCCUCACCGGCCCUUCGAGCUCUCGCCGCGCCGCCGUUGCCCCUAGCAACCGUCCUCCUCGUGUCCAACCUAAACGAAGAGAUGGUCACGCCUGACGCUCUCUUUACCCUUUUCGGAGUGUAUGGUGAUGUGCAACGAGUGAAGAUCCUAUACAACAAAAAAGAUUCAGCUUUGAUUCAGAUGGCGGAACCUCACCAGGCUCAUCUAGCAAUGACUCACAUGGACAAGCUGCGUGUCUUCGGAAAAGCCAUGCGCGUGAUGCUUAGCAAGCACCAAACCGUGCAGUUGCCGAAGGAGGGCCAACCAGACGCUGGACUUACACGUGACUACUCGCAAAGCCCACUGCAUAGAUUCAAGAAGCCGGGAAGCAAAAACUACCAAAACAUCUACCCGCCCAGUGCUACUCUGCAUCUCUCCAACAUUCCAGCGACCGUCUCCGAGGAUGACAUAAAGGACGCGUUCACCAAACGCGGAUUCACUAUCAAGGCAUUCAAAUUCUUCCCGAAGGACCGCAAGAUGGCGCUCGUGCAACUUCCGUCCAUAGACGAUGCGGUGGCGGCUCUCAUCAAGAUGCACAACUACCAACUGUCAGAGUCCAACCACCUUCGAGUCUCCUUCUCCAAGUCAAGUAUCUAA